GGGGGGGGGGGGGGGGGGGGGGGGGGGGGGGGGGGGGGGGGGGGGGGGGGGGGGGGGGGGGAGGAGGGGGGGGGUCGGUAUGGGGAAAAUGGGAUCGAAAAGUGGGAAGGUAGGGGCGAUGAAGUUUGGCAAUGGGGAUAUAUACACUGGCAGUGUGAGACUGGGGCUUCCGCAUGGUCGAGGAACGUACUUUUGGGUGGAUGGAAGCAAGUAUGAGGGAGAGUGGGUGCGAGGGGAGAAGGAAGGUCGGGGAAUGUUCGUCUGGCCAUCUGGGGCUUUCUAUGAUGGGGAGUGGUUUCGCGGGUUCAUGCAUGGAACUGGUUUGUACCGUGGGGCUGAUGAUAUGUGGUAUAAGGGGUCAUGGAGCAUGGGGAAGAAGCACGGCCUGGGAAAGAAGGUGUUUGCCAACAAGGAUGCGUAUGAGGGGUUAUGGAGGCAAGGGGUAGCCGAGGGUCUGGGCCGGUACACCUGGGCUAAUGGGAGCGAGUAUGUCGGGGAAUGGAAGGGGGGGACCAUGUCGGGAAGAGGCAUCUUCGUGUGGGCCAACAGGGAUAGGUAUGAUGGAGAAUGGGAGGGUGGGUGUGAGCAUGGGAAGGGGGUUUUCACGUGGGCAGAUGGUGCGUGCUACGAAGGUACGUGGUAUAGGGGCCUCAAGCACGGAAAGGGGUUUUACUACCCCCCCGGAUGUCUCAAAGCCCUCCGGAGGGAUCGGCAUGGCAACCUUGUGAAAGUGUUUGCUGACGCGUCUGCGAAGGAGGGUAAAAGGUACGGAAGGAGCCAUGGAGAGGCAACAAAAGGGGACAGGAACAGUGAAAGGGUGUCAGAGGGGAAGGACGAGGCCACGGGUGUGCCAGGAGGGAAGGGUGGUGGUGUUGGGCGGCGGCCCCCCGUCACUCCUGGGCGAUGGCUGAGCAUGAGCGGCCCGUUGACAGAGAAGGAGAGGAUGCUCGUUGUGGCGUCGGCGCGAGGGUUCGGGGAGAGUGCCAAUGGCGUGGGUCCCGGGAAACCGAAGUUUGAGAGGAAGCAUAUUCGUAUGAAACCUGGUAGACCAAAGAUGAAACCGAAGAUCCAACGGCAGUGGAGUGGGCCGCUGAAGUUCAGCGGAAAAGUGGGCAAGGAUUACCGAGAUAUGGCCUUUGUUAGGAAAGGGGAAGAUGAGGAGGAAGGUGGGCAGAGUGAGGAGCACGACGACGGUAUUCCAUUGGUUGGAAAGGGUGGAUAUCUGGGAGAAAUGCAGGAGGGUGAAAUGGCUGUGGAAUUGCCAUCACAGUCCGAGGGGCAUGGUUCAAAUUUGGCAGCAGAGAAGGCGGCGGCGGGAGUGGGUGUUGGCGAUUUAAAUGUGGCAGAGAAAAAGGUAGAUGGAGCUAGCGUUGGAGGUGCCGAGGACGAUGAAGAGGAUGAUCGAGGGCGGGCAGGGCUGCUGCUGGGCGAAGCGCAGAGCGAAACGAGGAGGCUGGUGUAUGAUGCGGACUCGGAAGGAGGUAAGGCACCAAAAGGGCCAAAGAGAAGCCGCCUUGCAGCUCGGGAGUUGGCCCCCCAAACGAUGAAUGGGAGCGAGCCCAAGGCUGUCGCUCCCAAUGCCAAUGACAAGGCGGGAGAGGAGUUGGGAUACGGCGGGGACCACUCUAGUGCCUUAGUCAUGUUCGAAGGUGAUAGAGUGCAGAACAAGCUGUCUGAGGCUGUCACCGGUGCACUUCACGGCGCUGAAAGGGCCAUAACGGGGGCUAUUCAUGGUGCCACUGCAGCUGUGUCUGGUGCUUUUCUCGGUGCAACAUCCGCGUGCUCGGGGGCUGGUUUUGCACAUGUGGGACAGCACUCCGUCGAACUGAACUUGACAAAUCUGGAGGCCUUUGAUAAGGAGCAGGAAGCAAGCAGGGAAUGCCAGAGAAAGGAACAGGGGUCAGUGGAUGCCUUGGGACACAAAAGGAAGGUGCCGAAGCCGAAGCCGAAGGUGUUUUGCAGGGAGUACGAUCACGGUACCUUGGUGAUGGAGAGCAUGGAGGAGGUGGUCCUCACAGGACAAAAGAGGAGGGGGAAGAAGAAGAAGAAGAAAUUACAGGAAAUCAAAAGGCCUGGGGAGUCCAUCUAUAAAGGGCACAGAAGCUAUGACUUGAUGCUCAGCUUGCAAUUAGGAAUUCGAUACGCGGUUGGAAGAAUAAUGCAGGAGGUUCCGCGGAAGAUUGAGGAUGCAGAUUUCGGGUACCGAGCGAUGGUCUGCCAAUGGUUUCCGAAAGAGGGGUCGCGGAGCACACCGCGCCAUCAGUCUACGGACUUCAAGUGGAAGGAUUACUGCCCUAUGGUAUUUCGGCACCUGCGGGAGAUGUUCGGGAUUGACGCCGGGGAGUACAUGCUGUCGCUAUGCGGAAGCGAUGCUCUUCGAGAGCUGUCCUCUCCAGGAAAGAGUGGGAGUGUGUUUUAUUUGUCAAAUGAUGACAGGUUCAUCAUCAAGACAAUGAAGAAGGCGGAGAUGGGUGUCCUCCUUGGAAUGCUUCCUCAUUACUUCAGACAUGUGAAAACGUACGAAAAUACGCUGCUCACAAAGUUCUUUGGACUGCACCGCAUCAAACCGCAGGGUGGGCGCAAGGUCCGCUUUGUGGUCAUGGGCAACAUGUUUUCAGGCCUGCGUAUCCACCGCAGGUAUGACCUAAAGGGGUCAUCGCUGGGAAGGCAUACAGAGACGGCCAUGAUCGAUGAGAACACGACGCUGAAGGAUCUGGAUUUGCACAUGGUUUUCCAGCUGGAGGACGGAUGGAGAGAGCGCCUCCAUUUCCAGCUUGAAGUGGACUGCAAGUUUCUUGAACAGCAACGGAUCAUGGACUACAGUUUGCUGCUUGGCAUCCACUUUUGCUCGCGGCGUAAUUUUGUGGAGAACCCAACGGAUACAAAUGCCACGAGCAAUGGGGGGCCUGGAGAUUGCGCAACUGCUUUUCGUCUUCCUGCAAAGGCGCUAGAACCGGAAGGUUUUGCUGCUGGAGAGCCACACUCUCAGCAGCAGCAGCAGGGCGGCGAUAGAGAAGAAGAAGAUGUGCAUGCCGUGUCAGUAAAUGGCACAACCGGGGAAGGGGAUGGAGAUGAAAGUGCAAGUGCACGUGCCCAAACUGGAGAUGGUGAGGACGACGAGUCGAUUAUAAAAUCUGGUCCACUUUUCAUUUUGCAACCUUCACUAGGAAGCAGGAAUCACAGGAGAUCAGGGGAGAGGGAUAGGCUGGGCCGCCGCUUCUACAGCACCCCCCUGGCUGGAAAUGGCCCAGUUGUGGCGCGAAAUGGAGGGACAGAUGCACUCGCAUUCCAACUCGGCCGCACACAGGUACAGCUAGGAGUGAAUAUGGCAGCUCGUGCAAUUGGGUUGACGCCUGACCGACAGAUGGACCCAAGGCGGAGAGCGGAUGUGGUGGUUUACUUCGGCAUUAUCGACAUUCUUCAAGAGUAUGACCUUCGCAAGUGGGCGGAGAAUGCGUACAAGUCCAUGAAGUUCGACAGCAGUUCAAUCUCUGCCGUCGACCCAUUGAUGUACUCGCAUCGUUUUCAGGAGUUCAUGAAGAAUAUCUUUGUAGGGUAUAGACCGUAUAGUCCCCCCCCCUGACCACCACAAAAGAAACAGGUUUACUGCAACACCUUCACAGGCCUUAUGUUGCUGGCAGAGAGCUCUCACACAAAUGAGUGGUGCCUGCAUGCAGCAAAGAGGGGUGUUGGGGGGGGGGGACACGAGGCCGGAGGGAGACAUGGGAGAUGAAUCCUUAUUUGGAAGGGUUCUGCCCAAUGUCUUAAGAACUGGCUUCAGGGGGGCCACGAGACCGGAGGGAGACAUGGGAGAUGAAUCCUUAUUUGGAAGGGUUCCCCCCGAUGUCUUAAGAACUGGCUUUCUUGCUAGUGGAUGAUGCCGUACCCCUGGGCGGAAUGAAUGCUCUUCGUUGCA